UCGCGGCCCAACAUCUGCGACUGAAUCAAUCAAGGGACGUGAAGUCAAUUACAGCUAGUCAACCCGGACUACAGGUCUCCACAUAGCGUUGACGUUUUGUCACGUCUACUUUGCGCGUCUCUACUUGUGACGAGGUCACACCACAUCUCUGUACGCCAACUGAAUGAAAAUUCGGUUCAAUCAAGACUCUAACGCAUUCUCUUUGUUUUGCUCAACUUCGUCGCUACGUGGAGAGUUGAGAGUGCCGGCGAAAUGAACGAAGGCGACAUAUUUGCCACUCUGUUUCAGACCUGUGACGAAGAGCAGAGAGGACGAGUGCGCGUGUCGAAUAUUAUCGAGUAUCUUCAUCGAACGACACAGCCGGCCGAUACGAGUGCAACAAAUCUUCAACAUUUACGCACCUUACUAGACCCAGAUGGUAGUGAUCCCGAGAUAGACUAUGAAAUGUAUGAGAGAGGGAUAUCAAGUUGGGUAAGGAGUUUACAACAAGAAAGGAGUAGUCCUGAACGAGAUCGUAUGCCUGAUUUGUCAGCAUUGAGAUACAGUCCUAACCCAGCAGGCGACGACUUCUUGGAUGGUCAAUCAUCAAUUCUGAGUACACAUAGUAUUGAGGGUUAUGGAGGCGACACGUCUUCCAGGAAUUUAGAUCAGUCUGAGCUGGUGACAACUGUUGCGGAGCAACGAGGUCAAAUUCAGAAACUAAUGAAAGAGAAGGAAGACUUAUUAAAGCAGCUUGAUGUAGCCGAAGAGACAACAUCUCAACUAAACGAGGCGAUAGCCGAACAUAAACAGCAGUUGAGAAGCUACCAGUUAGAGGUCAGUAGAGUGAAACAAAACCUGAACGACGUGCAGUCGUCGAAAGAGCUUCAAAACCGGAAAGUCACUCAACUGGCUCAAAAGAACGUCGACUUGGAACAGACGCGAGCGUUACUGGAAACGACCAUUGCCGACUCAAAGGAACAACUUUCCCAACGAAGUACGGAGCUGGAGGCGUUAGAAGAGGCCAACAAAGCUCUUACGAAUCAAUUGGACAGCUUGAGAACUCGAUUAUCAGGGGAUGGAGAUGGAAGCUCGUAUUUCUUAGACAACUCUCUUUGUAGCACGGAGGAGCUCCUCAGAUUGGUUGACGAACUGAAGGCGGAUAAGGAGGCAGCCGUGAAGGAUAGAGAAGAGGUAGAGCAGGAGUUGAUGGAGAUCAAACAAGAAAACGAAAGAUUAAACGGUAUGUUAGAAGCUCAACAACCCAUGAGUGGUGUGUCUUCUGCAUCGCCAGUCUUCUCCAGUACACCAAUGAAAGUGUCUUCUCUUCAACAUGAGAUUACGGGACAUGCGACUGGUGAGAUGGCUGAUGAUGUGUCUAAAUCUCAUGAUAGCUUGAAGGAGAAUUACAACUCUCUGGAAGGAGACCCAUCUUUGUCGUCGUCACUUGAUCAUUUUAGCCUGGUUGCUUCGCAAGCUCAUGCACAGUUUCGUCAGAAACAUGAGUUAGCGUUGCAGCAGAUUACAGAGUUAACGGCUCUUGAUCCAAGUCGCUAUACACGUGAUGAGAGCGUUCGAACAGAGUUGGAAGAGGACGAGACAUCAUUCAAGCAUAAACUCACUCAAUUGAUUGCUUCCAAACAGAACGCAGAGAGGAAGAACAAAAAGCUGCACAGCCUUGUUAGUAGAUAUAAAAGUGAGAAGCAGGAGCUAAUCAGAGAACGCAAUGAUGCUGUAGAACGUCUAGAGGGAUACGUCAUAGACGCCGAAGCAAGAAGCAAAGAGAUUGCCGAUUUCAAGGGCAAGUUGGUUGGUGAGCAAUUUAGGGCACAAAACAUGCAGCGAGAGAUGAACGACAUGAAACGGGAAUUGGAUCAAUUGAGAGACGAGAACCAAUCGUUGGUCGUUUCGUCUGAGGAAUGGAAUGAACAGCGCACGUCACUGGAGCAACGUAUUCGUGGACUUCAAAGCUCUUUGCAAGACGUAGAGGAUAAACACAGCACGGUUGACGAUAGCGUUGCAUCUUUGAGAGAUGAAAACGAAACGCUGAAGAAGAAACAGAAUUGGGAUCAGACACGAAUUACUGAACUAGAGGAUGCACUGGAGCUGUCGGGUCAGAAUCACGGGAAAGAACUUUAUCAACUUUGGCAGGUUCUAAUGGAGAGUGGAAGAGACAGAGCAGCUCCACCACUGGAUCUGAGUUAUGCCGAACAGGUUGUCACUUGUUACCAAGUCAAAGAGCUGCUUGUGCAAGAGCUACAGUUGUUACGAAGUGAGAUCUCCCGUCAGCAAAGUCGUAUUCUUGAUUUGAGCGAUGUUAUGCCUGACGACAACGACGGCAGUCAGGCUUCCGUUCAAGAGGCUGUCAGUUGUCAAACUGAUUCGUUAUUGGAGAACGAAUUGAUGAAGUCAGCCUGGCAUGACAUCGAUCACUGGGAUAUUGAAGACACGGACGUUCGGUCUCGACCUGUUAGUCCGUCGUCAUCAGGAGAAAUGGAUUCAUCAUUGUCUAUGCAUGCUAAACAUUUUGAGUUUGUUUUGAGUCAGUAUUUGUCGGAGAAGGCAACGCUGCGACAAAGGGUUCAUCAGCAGCGUCAGGCGUAUCAAUCUACUGAUGCCGAUUUCAGACGAGAGCUUGAGGACAUACAACAGACUGUUACAGAAUACAAAGCUUCUGCCAUAGCGAAAGAGGAAAGGGAGCUCUGUGGUAAGCUGACUACUCGGUGUGAUGUCGUGAAGAACGUUGUGGCCCGGUUGUCACAAAAGGCGGCGGCACAUUCGGCAUUGAAGCAGGAAGAACGGUUGACAUCUAGAUUUGAAACUGUCUUUAGAUAUGUAAAGUGCCUACAAGCCGAAGUAGCAAAAGUUUCAGAAGAGCUCUGGAAUGGCAAAGAAGAAAUGACAAGUCAACCAUCACAAACUUCAGAAAUAGGUCCAUCCACUGCUAGUAGAAAUGAACAAGAUCUCACCGAGGCUACACUUAGACUAGACAAACUAAGAGUGGAUGUUCACAAGUGUGAAAAUGACAUCAAGGCACUGGACGAACGGGCUAAUGGUUUGGCAAAGCUUUCACGGAAUGGUAUAGAGAGGUCAAGAGUUCGGAGGAAAAGUGUUUGGUUGUGGUGUCAGACGAUUAUUGCUCUCGUCAUUCUCUUUGGUUUGUUGUUGUUUCUCGUGCUCCAGAUGUUUGAGUAUCGUAUACUUGACGGGUAUGGUGCGUCGUGGUAUGGCAAUAGUGUGCCUUUUGUGUCAUAUCAUCAUUAUGGAACACCGCCGACAUAGUGAGCUUUACAUGCUAGCUACGUAAGUCUAGGUUUCAUUAAGAAUAUAUAUAGACAAUCUGAUUUUUAAAGAAAGA